UGAAACCUUCUGCAAGGGAAACUAUGUUAAACACAGACCCAAAGCAUUGGUGUAGAGCGUUUUUCCAAACAGAGACAAAGUCAGAUAUAGUUGAUAAUAACAUGUGUGAGGUUUUCAAUGCAUUGUUGGUUGAAUCAAGACAUAAGGCUAUUGUCUCAUUGCAUCAAGAUUUGAGGGCAUUUUGUGGUCAAAGGAUAGUGGCAAGAAGGGAAUUUGGGGAUAGAAAGUUUGUAGAUGAUUUUGGUCCAAGAACAUGGGAAAAGCUGGUAGCAAAUACGAGGGGAAGCAGAAGGUGCAAAUUCUUGUGGCCGGGGAGUAACUGUUAUGAAGUUCAAGAGAAUGGUGUGGAUGUAUACAUGGUUAAUGUGGAUGAAAGAAAGUGCACAUGCAGGGAAUGGGAUCUCACUGGAAUCCCUUGUAGGCAUGCCAUGGUAGCUAUUAACGCUAGGAAGGAAAAAGCAGAAGAUUAUGUAUCACAUUGGUGUAGGAAGGAGAAGUUUAAAGCUGCUUAUGAGUAUGUUGUACCUGUAACUGAAGGGAUGAAUCAGUGGGAGAAAACUGGAAUGCCACCUGUUCAACCCCCACCAGCCAGGAAAAUGCCAGGAAGGCCAAAAGGGAAGAGGGUUUUGGAAGAAUGGGAAGGGCACACUAACAUGAGUCGAAAAGGGAGACAAAUGACCUGUCAAAAGUGUUUCCAAAAAGGACACAAUUCAAGAAAAUGCAAAGCACAAGGACCCACCACUGCCCCUCAACCUGAAAAUGCCAAUGCAAGUGAAGAGCAAGUUCCUGUUGAAGAUUCCCAACAUCCCACAACAGUCACUGAAAAUGAUGGCCAAAGGAGUUCAGCAUCAGCAACUGCGAAUCCCCCUGCAGCUGCACCACAUGCCAUUGUAGAAACUCCGUAGCAACCUAAAAAAAGAGUGAAGACAACUGCAAAAGAACCACCAAGACAUAGGGCAAAAAGUGUCGGUAAUAGGUCAAACCAAUAAAAAAGGAAGUUGUUGCAAUAUGUUUGUUUGAUACUGGACAGUUGGUAGUAUAUUUUGAUUUGUGCUUGUGUUUGGCAAAUAUGAGACAGUUGAUUGGCAAGCUAGUUUUUGGUGUAUGCUUGAUACUUGACACUGAAAAUGAGAGAUUUUUUGUGUGUAAGCAUUGCUUGAUACUUUGUACUAUGUGUAUCUAAUCUUUGUUUUUUUGGUAAUUUAUGUGUAUCUUGCAUGUUUGGUUUUAUGCACUUAGUGCCCAGCAUUUGGAAAAUAUGCAUUAAAUUUCCCUAAUUUCU